AUGCCAAACGAAUUACGGGAAGAGAUCAAAAUGUACUCGCAUCUUACUGCAAUAGAAUUGAAAAAUCACCUACGGCGUAAAGGAUUUGAUAUCUCGAAGUAUUCACCCAAGCGUCUUUACUUUUGGAAGUCAGUUGCGAGCCAGAAGCUAUUUAAACAUUAUAAUAAUCAUAUUGAAUUCGCGUGCCAACUGCUUAGUGAGCAUGAAACUCAUGGCUUCCGAUGGUGCUUAAAUAUAAAGAUUCAGAAAUCACCGCCAUCAGUUUCAUCACCCCACU